UUUGCUUACUUCAGACAACGAAAAGCAAAAGGCGACAACGCGCAGUCGCAGAAAAAGACGGCGAAGAGGAAGGGUUCGUCUGUCCGCCCGCAUGACCUUCCGCAGGAAGAGCACGCACUAGCGGCCCAAGGCGCAGCUAAGGGUAGAGAGGGUAAGGCUGGAGAUGCCAACCUACUGGAGCUUAAGGCUGGAGACAGCAACCUACUAGAGAGUAAGUCUGAAGACAUCAGUCUACUACAGAGUUAUGCUGAAGACACCAGUCUACUAGAGCGUAAGGCUGGACACACCAACCUACUAGAGAGUUAUGUUGAAGACGCCAACCUACUGGAGCUUAAGGCUGGAGAUGCCAACCAACUAGAGCUUAAGGCAGGAGACACCAACCUACUAGAGCUUACGGCUGGAGAUGCCACCCAACUAGAGCUUAAGGCUGGAGAUGCCAACCUACUACAGAGUUAUACUGAAGAUGCCAGCCUACUAGAGAGUAAGGCUGAAGAUGCCUUCGUACUACAGACAGCAACAGAGACAGAGGUUAAUGAGGUGCUGAGGAGUACAAGCCCUGGGAAAAAUGAAGUAUUAGAAGCCCAGCAACAGAUGUCCGUGUUUCAGAACCGUCUCAGAGAGCAAAAUGCACAUUUGGAGCUGCUGCGUGAGAAAGCUCAUGACCUGGAAGUACAGCUUGAGUCUUCUCAAAAGAAUACCAAAGAAAAUAUGUUUGCCCAAAUGGAAGAGAAUAUGAAAGAUACAGUGCAACAGCUACACAAAAGCACAGAAGAAAAGGAACAAGAUAUUGAAAGUCUCCAAGAUCUGCUGGCAUCAGAAAGAUUUAGCUUGUCUAUGCUACAACAUACCCUUUCUCUCCGGGACUCAGAAAUAACAGGCUUGAAAAAUGAAAUAGCUUUAUCGAAAAUGAAAGAACAACAACACAUUGAAGAAUUGAAAAUCAGUCAUGAGAAGGAUAUUCACAGACAGUUGGAGAACUUGAGGGCAGAGCUGGAGAAGUGCCACAGAAGAGAAAUUGCAGAAGCCAAGCAGGUAUAUGAAGAAGAAAUGAUUUUAAAAUAUAAGAAUGAACUUGACAAGUUAAAAAAAGAACUCUGUGCUCUGAAUUCCGAAGAGCAUGUUCAGAGUUUGAAUAGCAUAAUAAUUGACUUAAAUAACAGCCUUCAUGAGUCUGAAAUUAAUAAAGAAUCUUUGAGAAAGAAACUUGAGAACCAACAGGAAGACUUCCAGAGAGAAAAAUCUGAAAUUGAGACUAAAUACAAGGAUUUAAUUGAUGGGCUUAAGUUGCAGCUUUCUGAUGCAGAAGAGCAGCUCAAGGAAGCUGAGCAAUAUAAACAAGAAAAACAGUCCUUGAAUGGAGAGAUUCAGAAACUGAAUUCUUUCAUCAAGGAAUUAAAUGAGAAGCAACUUCAUGAGGCUGAAAACACUAUAGACGUAAGGCAAAAGCAUGAUGAAGAGAUUGUUUCCAAUAAAAAGUUAAUGAAAUUGAGGGAAAACCAGACUUUGCCAGAGUUGGGAGCAGAGCUUGAUGAGAUGUGGAAUAAAGCACCCGAGUUGACAGAUGAAGAUGAGCUAGUUCAUGAAGAACUAGAGUUCCAGCAUGGCUUUGGAGUAGACUCCUCAAGGGAUCAAUUAGUAGAAAUAAAGAAUUCAAAGAUCACAGAGAAUAAUGAAAAUAGUGAAGGUGAUAAACUGUCUCAAGAACACUUGCCAGAACCGGGGUUUUUCAGUGGUGAUGAAGGUAUAUUGGCUAAAUACCUCAUCUCCACGGAGACACCAAGAGAGUCGUAUGCAUCCAGCACUUCUGAAGGCUAUGCCAUUGAAGAAGGUAGGUGCAGUAGGUAUGGGUUAGACAGUAGUGUGCUUCUAGAAGCCAGCAGAGACUUUCUAUCUCCAUUAAGCUUUGGCCUUGACGAGGAAAGACAUCCUAGUGAUUUGGCUCAAGAAACAUUUGAAGAGACUGAGGUGAGUGCAAAAGCCUUUGUUUCAUUUUUGUCAGAUAGCUCCCUGCACCAAAGCAAAAUGAGUGACCAUGAUGUUGAUGUAAAGGGUGAUGAGACAACCAGUUUAGCAGAGAGAUGUCUGAAGCUAAAUGAGCAACUCCAUGAGAAGGAGUCAGCCUUGAAGAAAUCUUAUGAGGAGAUCCAAGAAGUUGUUGGGAAAUGGGAAAAAGUAAUGGCAGAGCUCUCUCAAAUGCGUGUGGAACUGGAUGAGGAGCGUGAAGCACGGAUCUGUUGUGAGAAACAACUUCUUCAAAAAGCAGAGAAGGAGAAAGAACUUGAAAACAAAAUAAUGUUUCUAAUUAGGCAGCAGGGCGAGGAUGGAGAAACUUCAACGCAAGUGUCAAAAUCCUCUACUUGGCAAGAAAUGAUAAAAGACCUCCAGGAGGAAAGAGAAAUGUUGAUGGUGCAGCUGCGAACUCAGGAGCAAUUAGUGAAAGAUGUUCAAGAGCAGAAAACAGCUUCUGAUUCUGUAACAAGUGAAGUACAGUCUCUUUUUGGACGUCAGUUAGCUGCUUUGCAAAGUCAGAGGGAUCAGAUGCAAAGCCAGCUUGAUGCUCAGAAGGCUAAAAACCAGACAAUAGCAGAGAUGCUUGGUCAGAAAACUAUAUCUGAAGAGACAUUGCUAAAAGAACAGGAGUUGCUCAAAGCUGAAAUAAAUAAUAAAGAACAAGAAUUAGCACUCUUAUUGGAGGAAAAAACAGCCUUAGGAGAGAGAUUAUCUGAUGUGGAGGUGGAGCUAAUAAAAGCAGGAAAAGCACUAGCAGACAAUGCUAGCAUCAUUGAGGAUCUUGAGAAAAACAUACAGGAACUUAAUGCUGAAGUGAAGAACCUCAGAGAAAUACAGGAGUAUGAAAGACUGGAGUAUGAGGAGAGGUUAAACUUCAGCAACCUAGAAAUCCAUAAACUUCAUGCUGAAAUAAAGGCCAAAAAUACUGAAUACAGUGAGAAUAAAAGCCAGUUGACUGAAGAAAUUGCCCAUUUGAAGAAGGCUCAUUUGGAGCUUGAGGCUCGCUUGCAGGAAUCCUUUCAGUCUGCACAAGCUGCAGAGGAGGCACAAGCCAAGAUGGUGAAACAUUACAGAGAGGAAAUGGAUAAAAUGGAGACUCAGCACUGUGCUGAAUUAACUAAAGUGAGUUUGACACAGAAGAAAGAGAUAGAAGAAUUAAAGGCUGAAAUAAAAGAUAAAGUAGAAAACCAGCAAAAGUUGGAAGAUGAAAGGAAGGAACAGAUUGCUUUAAUAAAAAAGGUACAUGAACGAGAGCACGAUCGUGAAGUCUCUGAGCUGAUCACUAGACACGAAGAGGAAAUGGAGAAGCUUCGUGCUGAGCUAAAUAAAGAACAGCAGCUCCUGUUGGAUGAACUUCGGCAGCAAAUGGCAGCCACACACAAAGCAGAGAUUGAGCAGGCUCAGCUCCAAUCCCAGACACUGCACAGCCUUGAACUGGAAGCUUUACGUCUAAGCUUAAAUAACAUGCAUACCUCUCAGCUUGAGCUUACCCAAUCUAACUUGAGAAAAGAAAAGGAAACUGCCCUGGUGGAACUCCGGGAGAUGCUCAAUGAUAAACGUGCUCAAGAGGUAGCAAUUCUGCAGAGCCGCCACCAGCUGGAGUGGGAGAAGAUUAAAGAACAGUGUCUGAAGGAAAAAGAAGACCUAAAGUCAAAGCAUCAGCAAGAACUAGUUGAUCAGAGAAAGAAAAUAGAAUUGGAAAUGGAAGAGAAACAUACCCAGGCAUUAGAGACUCUCAAAAGAGAUUGGGAAUUGGAGUCUGAUACACAUUUAAAAAACACGGUUGAAGAGCUGUCUGGAAAACAUCAGACUGAAAUGGUGGAACUGCGGAAAACUCUGGAAAUGGAAUUAGAAAAAGUCAAAGCAGAGCUGAGUGUUCUUUCUCUGGAGAAUGAACAGUCUAAAAUAAAAUGUAUAGAACUGGAGGAGCAACAUGAGUUAGCCAUUGUGGAAUUACAACAGCAGCUGCAGGCUGAACAUAACCAACUCCUAGAAAAUAUGAAGAUGAAAAGCCAAGAAAAAGAACAGAGUCUUCAGAAAGAGCUGGAGAAACUUCAGGUCAUGCAUGAAGAACUCAAGACUCGUUCACAGGAAGAAGUCAGGCACCUUUGGUCUCAACUUGAUAGUACCCGAGCAAAUCGACAAGAGCUAAGUGGUAGUACUUGAGUUGGUUUUGCCUCCAUUCCAGAGCUAAAAGAGCAGCUCCUGGCUCGUGCAUCACAGGUGGAAGAAAUAGAGCAUUUAAAACAAGAAUUCGAACAGCAGCGUGAGCAGAGAAAAAGUGAGCAUGAAGCUGAAUUGGAACAACUGAGACUUUACUUUGAAAAGAAGCUAAGAGUUGCUGAAGAAAACUACAGAGAAGAAUUGACUUUGCUGCAUCAGAGACUGCAAGAGCUGAAGGAAUAUUCACUGUCAGAGUUGGAAAUGAGUCAAGAUCAAGCAGGGGACAUCAGUUCUUCUGUUACAGUUUUUGAAGAGGCUGCUGAGAAAGAGAGAAAGGAUACGCUUGUUCAGCUAAAUCAACAGCUGGAGCAUCAUCAGGAAGAACUUGCCUGUUUGCAGGUACAACUUAAAGAACAACACAGGUGUGAAUUAGAUUCCUUAAGGUCUUCCCUUGCACUUCAAUAUAAAGAGGACUUAAUGAAAACGAAGAUGGAUCUGUCAGACAAAUAUAGAACAGAAAUAGAGGAAAUGAGAAGAAAGCAUUGUUUAGAACUUGAGCAGCUCCGUGCCCAGCUUUCAGAAGAACAUUUAAAAGAAAUCACCAAAUUGCGCCUACAGAGUGCUCAAGAUGCAGCACGUCAAGUUGAAAUGGAGGUGGCUGAGCGCAUGUCUAUGCUGGAGGAAGAGCACAAAGCUAAGCUCUCCCUCCUCAAUUCUGAGAAACAGCGUAUUGCAGAGCUUUUGGAAGAAAUAGAGCACUUAAAGGAAGAGAUUACUAAACAAAAAGAUUCCUCUGUGCAGAAUGAAAAGCAUCUGAAAGAGGAAAUGGAAAAGAUAAAAUAUGAAAUGGCUGAGGAUCACAAGAAUAAAUUACGAGAAGCCAGAGAAGAAGUGCAGAAGAUGGAGACUAUGUACAAAGAAAAAGAGAGCAAAUGGAAAUGUGAAAGAGAGGACGAGAGGAUCCAAGCAGAGGAGAAGUUAUCGCUGUUGCGUCUCGAACUGCAAAAUAGAGGUGAAUGUGAGAAGCAGAAGUUACAAAAGGAGUUUGAACUUCGUGAAGCUGAAAUGAAUCAAAUUCAAGAUCAGCAGGCUGCCAAAAUACUAGAAUUGGAGAAGCUGGUAAAAGAGCAGCAAAACAACUUGCAGCAGCUGGAGGACAGUCUUGCAAGCGCACAGACUGCGCAGAAAGCUCAGGAGCAGUAUGACGCUGACCUGCAGGCAGCCAAAGCACUCAUGGCAAGAGAAAUGGAAAAGGCCACACUUUGCCUGCAGGAAGAAUGUGCACUGAAACUUACGGAAGCACAAAGCAAGUUUAUGGAGCAACACAAAGCCAUGACUCAGAAAUUCACAACUGAGCAAGAGAUUCUUCUGCAAGAGCUGAAAGAGAAACACAUUGAUGAGCUGGAACUCCAAACUCAGCAGUUAGAGGAGAAGCAUAAGCAGCAAAUUUUGUCUCUUACAACUGAGUUUCAAACAAAGCACCAAGCUGAAAUUGAGACACUUAAAUCUACACUAGAAAGUAAACAUCACAUCCAGCUUGAAGCUUGUAUUGCUGAACUACAGACAAAGCACCAGGCGCAGAUCGAUGAGCUGGAGGCUAAACACUUAUCAAACCUGGAUUCCUUGGAGUCAUCCUACCUGUCUGAAAUUCAGAAUAUUAGAGAUGAGCACAGUCAGGCUCUUGAGAAGCUACAGCAGCAGCACACAGAACAGCUCCAUGAAAAGGAUAAAAUGGGUCAAGCACGUUUGGAUCAGGAGAUAGAGAUGUUAAAGUCAAAGCAUGCUGAAGAACUUCAGCUUUCCCAAAAUAAGUUGAAAAUUGAGCUAGCUACCCUUCAUAUGGAAAAACUUAAAGCCAUGGCUGUUGAAGCAGAAGCAGCUCAUAAGGAUGAAUUGAACACAGCUCUUCAAAAUCAAAGAAGGUUGCUGGAAGAAGAGAAACGUCUGGCCCUGGAUAUAUUACGUGAAGAAGUAUUGCAUAUGGAGGACAAGCACAGAAAAGCACUCCAAGAACUUCAGGAUCUUCAUGAGACAGAAGUGAAGAAACAUAAGGAAGAAUACUCCAGGGAGCUGGAAAAACAACUUGAGAAACUAAAAGCACAACACGAACAUGAGCAAAAGAUGUAUGCUUCUGCGUUGGCCUCUGAAGUAGAAACUGCAAGAACAGCUCUUCUGGCUCAAUUUGAGGAGGUAAAAUUGAAGCAGCAACUCCAGUUCCAGGAAGAGAUUGAGCUGCUGAAGUGUCAGUCGGAGGUACUGCUCGAGCAGCAGAUUGCACAGCUCAAGGAAGAAUUUGAAGCUGAAAAAAAGACGUCACUACAGGACAAGGAGCAGAUGUUGAUUCAGGAGAGGGAGAAGGCACAGGCUGCUCAUCAGAAGGAGCAGGAGAUGCUAUCAGCCCAGCUGCAGGAAAAAGCAGCAAUAAUUAUCCAGCUGGAAAAGAAAGUGGAGCUUUUAAACCAUUCCAUGGAGGAGACCAACUCUGAACUGGAGACACUCCUUGAGCGGCGGGAUAGAGAAAACUUAGAAGGAGGGAAUUUGGUAGCCAUGUUGAGAUCUGAUAUUGAGCAAUCCAAGGAGGAAAGGAAAAAACUGCAGGAAUCAUAUCAGCAUGUUUUGAAAUUGCUUAUGGAGUUGGUGAAGGCCACAAUAGCUGUUGAGGACCUUAUCAGUAGCAAGAUUGGUCUUUGCCUUGAUGACAGCAUGUCUGUUGGAGAUUCUAGAGAAGGUCAUAGUAUUAUGGAAGAAAUGGGAUUCAUGCAGUAUUUCAAAGCCAAAGAAAAGCAUCACCUGGAGAAAGUCGAUGAGCUGCUUGAUGAAAGUCUCACAGAAGACAACCAGCUAUCUCCAGUGGCUGAUGAGGGGUCUGAAUUGAGCCAAUACUUAUGUGAAAGUGUUUUUGCAAAGCCAGAAUUGGCAUGUGAAAAUGAAGAGAUGAUACUGAAAACUUGUCGCCGCUUGCACACUGCAGUGGAGAGGCUUCUGGAACUGGUUACAGAAUCAACUAAACAACUGGAGAAAAUGCAUGAAAACCAAGCACAGUUUGAAGAAGAACUCAGCCGCCAGAACCAGGAAACUGCCCAAGUGGUAAGUCAGCACAAGGAACUCCUGGAGUGCCUCAGCGAGGAGAGUAAGGCCAAGAAUCAGCUGGCGUUAGAGCUUCAUAAAGCAGAGGGCAUUAUUGAAGGCUAUGUUGCAGAAAAAGCUGCCUUGGAAGAGGCCUUGAAUCUGAAAGAGGAAUCUGAACGCCGCCUUAUUGUGGAGCUGGAAAAUAUGCGUGAACGCUUCCAGGAACUAACCCAGGAGCAAGCAAUCCUUGGUCUACUGAAGGAAGUAGAAUUUUUAGCAAAGGAGAAGUUAGAUCUUCAGUGUCAGGCAGAAAAGGACCAUUCCAACUUACGCUCUCAAAUGAAAGUGUUGGAGGUGGAACUGGAAGAACAGCUGCAUAGUAACCAAGAUCUGGCUACCCAGUUAUUGGAGGUUGCUGAAUUAAAACAGCAAAUUCAAGUGCUUGAAAAACAGCUUAAAAACCAGCGACAAUUCAUGGAUGAACAAGCUAUAGAAAGGGAACAUGAACGUGAUGAUUUGCAGCAGGAAAUUCAGAAACUGGAGGAACGGUUAAAACUUACAGCAAAAUUGCAGACUUCAGGAAAGCCCAGGGAGUACAGGAACGAUGAAUUGAUUCUACAGGUAGAAUCUUUACAAGCAGAAAUAAAGGAGAAGAUGGAUGAUUACAAUAAGCUGUUACUAGAAAAGGAACAAAAACACCAAGAAAUUACAGCUCGUGAUAAAGAGAUAGAAAAACUGGUGGCACAGAUUGCAGAACUGAAGCACAGCGGUACUGAAGUCUCAAAGACCGUGCACUGCUUGGAACAGCAACUGCAGAAAAUGAAGAAAGUGGAAACUGAAUUAAAACAAGAUAAAGAGGCAUUGCAACAGCAACAGUACAAUAACCUGAUUCAGAUCUCUGCCCUCCAGUCCAAAUUGGAUGAAGCAAGGCACAGAGUGCCACCAGAUAGCAGUGCUGCCCCGGUGCUGAAGGAGCAGUUAGAAGCAGAGCAGGAAGCACUUCAGUCAAAAGAAAGAGAAAUUGCAAGCUUGUUAGACCAACUAGAGCAGUAUAAAGAGAAUUUGAUCAGUAAAAAUGAGGAGAUACUGCAGCUGAACUUGCAGUUAGAGAUGCAAGAAAAGCUUAGCACUUCCAGCAUCAGCCAGCUUCAGUUAGAGAAUGCACACUUGAAGGAUCUAACAAAACUUCAUGUGAAGCAAAAUCAGGAUCUGGGUAUUAGUGAGUCUUCAACUUUAUCAUUCCCACAAGCACUACUUGAAGAAAAGAAUCAAGAAAUCGAUCACUUGAAUGAACAAAUGAGGAGGCUGCAGCACGAGCUAGAGAGCACUCUGGAGGAUAAAGUUGUGGAAGACCAAAAAUCUGAAAUUGAAGAGCUCAGAUCACUUGUUGAGCACCUUCGCAGUGACCAGGAAAGGCUGCGUAAGGACAAAGAUGAAGAGGUAGAGCAACUCCAUGGAGUGAUUGAGAAGCUUCAGAAAGAGCUGGCACAACUCGGACCAGCAUGUCAUGAGCUUAGUGACAACCAAGAUGAUCUCUAUCAACUUACAUUGGGAAAGCCAGUGGAAAACCUUCAGAAUGAGUUGAAGAAGGGACUGUUGGACUGGCAGGGUGAUAUUGAUCCAAACAGAAGAAACUUAUUGCUACUCGCCAAAGUGAGAGAACUUCAAGAGGAGGCAGAGCUUAUCUCAGCUGCUAGAGAAGCUCUGCAGCACCAACUGGAAGAGAAGGAAUCACAGUUCAAACUGGAAGUGGAAAUUUUGGAGAAAAAAUGCCAAAAAUUACGGGAGUCGUCCGAGCAGCAUGUUGCAGAGCUGACCUCUCUGAGAACACAGUACAAUGCGCUUCAGGAAGAGCACAGCCUUUUCCAAACCCGUUUUUCUCAGAGGGAGGCUGAAGCCAGGGUGACUUCUUCUCGCCUUCAAGAACUUGAAGAGGCUGUGAGAGAAAGGGAAGCAAAUAUUCUAGAGAAAAAUAGGCAAAUGAAGAGAAUGGCAGAUCAACGAGAAGCUGACACAACCGAGUUGCAACACUUAACAAAAAAGGCAGCAGAGCUUCAAACUGAGUUGGAAAAGAGAGAUGCAAGUCAGGCUCAAGAUGUUUAUAGUCUUCAAUUAGAAGUUUCUAGACUUGAUUCCCAGGUGCAAGCACUGAAUCAGAAAGAAACAGCUUAUCAGAGAGAAAUCAGUGAGCUGCAAGGUGGCACUGCAAAACUGAAAGAUCAAAUCAAAGCAUAUGUGAAAGAGCUUGAAGCCUUACAACUGGAAAGAGGUGAGCUGGUUUCACAGUUGGAGUCGUACAAGCCAAGGGAGCAAUGUGAUCAGGAGGAGACUCGCCUUCGCAAGCCUCUCUGCCAGAGAGAAAGAAAAGGCAUAGCCCUUAAAAGAGGAAUGGAGGAAUUGGAAGAACUGGAGGCAAAUGUUGAUCAGCCACUUGCAGUACUGGCUUCCCCCACUGAUAAACAAGACAAAGAUGAAGUUGUGUUUGACUCAAAGACUCACAAUCUAAAUCCAAAAACUCCAAUCAAGCAAUCAGAAGAAAAUAUCUUGAGUUGGGAAUUGGAUGCAAUCAACAACUCUGAAGAGGAGCAAGAUUUGAAAAAGCAGUGCCAGCAAAUGUUGGAAAGUCAUCAAACUCCUGAUGCUCCGAAGCACAACUUGAGCAUAGGCAAAAGCAAUUUGACAAGUUUCCAGGGUUUCACUGCAGGUGUGGCUUCGUGGGGAUCACCGGAGAUUAUGAGAAAGCAAGACAUAAGCAUGGAUGUUCAACCAGUCCUGACACCCUUUUCGGAAGUGGAAAGCACAGAUCUUGAGAUGAUGCACACCAGGUCAUCCAUACAGGAAGAUAAUUCUGGAUUGCUGGGGUAUUCUAACCUGUAUGAAAACAGCAGUGACGAAGCAGCAGUGGGAGCAGAUAGAAAAUCUCCUGCUUUCUCGGGAAGUACCUACUCUAUUGAUGAUGACCAAGAUAUGGAGAAGAAGAUUUUGCAGAUGAGAGAAGCUGAUAAUCUGACAUUAACCCCUUCGGAUUUACAAGAUGAUGUAAGAUCAAGAGCAUCUGCCAUAGAUGAGAUGAGUGAUGAAUAUGGCAGCAAUACCAGCUCAAAUUUGGCAGCUAAACUGAAGCAGGAGCUACAAACAUCAGAGCACCUAGAUGCUAGGUUCAUGGCUUAUCUGCAGUACCGUGGAAUGUUUCCAGAUUUUAUGGAAUCAGUGAGAGAAAAGGAAAUACUUUCACCACAGCUGAAGGCUGUGCUGAAGAUGGUGUAUGAGGAGAGCCGCAAAAUCCUGGCUUUAUCAGAAUGUCCCUUUGAUUUGAGGGAGCUGAAAAACGUCCAUCAGACCCGAGCAGCAAUGGAGGGAUGGCAGAAGGAGGGCUUAGCCCUGCUGGAUGCUAUACAGUCACUGAAAGACUACCUUGGCAAGGUGGCAGAUAGAGGAGACAAGGAGGAGCAGAGGCAGAUGGUUGUAGAGCACCUUUUCUCCUCAGACCGGAAUAGCUUGCUCUCAGAAAUACAGGACCUCCGAGCUCAGCUACGUAUGACACAUCUUCAGAACCAGGAGAAGCUACAGCAGUUACAGGAAACCCUUACCAAUGCAGAGGAACAUGGGAGCAAACGAGAACAUCACCUUCGGAGGAAAG